AUGUAAAAUUAAGACUUAAGAAAAAUUAAUGUUAAUUAAUUUUCAAUUUUUUUGAUUAUUGACAAACCCUUUAUUUAAAUUUAACCUACCCCUAAAAGCAAACAAACAAAAAACAAGCAAGCAAGCUAAUCAUUUGAAUAAAUAAACAAAGAAGCCAUCAUAAACCAAAUAAAAAACAAGCUCUAUCUUGCUAGCUAACAACUAAUAAAUAUACAUUUUUACAAAACAAGCAACAAACCAUAUAAAAUAAUCUAAAAGGAAAGAUUUUUUGUCAUUCUUUAUGUUACCAUAGUAUUUGAUCUAAAGAAAAUCUGA